CAGCUAUUCACCUUCAACCUGAGAGGAGGUGUGAUCAGCACACGUGACUAGAAACACCUGUGUAGGUGUGCAAACAUUUAUAUGCACUGAUAUAAGCUGUUGGAUGACAAGUCACUCAACACUUCACUCUUAAAAAGCAACUGACAGAAUCAACUUAUUGCGUCAUAUUUCCGCGCCGGUGCGAUGCAGCCGUGGAGGACAUCGAGCAUGGGACACCUUGGAGGGUUGUUUCUGCUGCUAGUGCCUCUAACCUGCUGUCAUAUCUGGGGUGCUGCAGGUCACUCUCUGCCCACCUGCAAAGAGCAGCUGGAGUUCAGGUGCAGCGAUGGUUCGUGCAUCCUGAGACAUAGUGUGUGUGACGGGCACACAGACUGUGAGGACGGAUCAGAUGAACACCGCUGUGGUCACCUGCGGUGUCAGAAAGAUGAAUUUGCGUGCCGCAGCAGACGGUGCAUAUCUCCACAUCUCCGUUGCAACGGCGUGGACGACUGUGGCGACGGGAGUGACGAGGCUUCCUGCCAGAACUGCACCACCCCUGGCUCCUUCUCCUGCGGGCCGUCGGACACCUGUCUGCCCAGAAAAAAGCUGUGUGACGGGCGAACCGACUGCAAAGACGGGCGGGACGAGUCUCGUCAGCUGUGCGUGUUGUCUCCGCCAUGCCCGCAGACUUCUCCCACGUGUACGGCGUCUGAGUUUCAGUGUGGAGAUGGCCAGUGCAUCCGCCAGACCUUUAGGUGUGACCACUCGCCAGACUGCUCUGAUGGCAGCGACGAGGUCAACUGUGAUCAGAACGAGUGUCAGGUCAAUAAUGGCGGCUGCUCUCAUCGGUGUGUGGACCUGCGAAUGGGUUUCCACUGUGACUGCCCCGACAACAUGAGGCUGGUCGGGGACAGCCAGUGUGAGGAGGUCGACGCAUGCCUGGUGAGCGAUGUGUGCGAUCAGCUGUGUGUUCACAUGAACGGCAGCCUCACCUGCGACUGCAACCAUGACUACCAGAUGAAUCAUACCACCAGAGAGUGCAAGGCCAAAGGGGAUGAGGCUAAGCUGGUUUUCACCUCUUCUAAAGGAAUACAAUGGAUAAGCACCACUGGCACUGAGUACAGGGAACUGGCUCCACAUUUACCAGGACCAGGACCAGUGGCGGCUUUGGCCUCUAACCAAACACUGUACUGGGCCUGGCAAGGACGAGGCUCCGUAUACAGGGUCUCCGUGGAUGGAAGGCCGCAGGAUUCGGUGUUGGUGCUGAAAGUUCGGGGUUCAGUGUCGGGCCUGGCUGUGGACUGGAUCCACCAGCUCCUCUACUGGACCAGUAUGGAGAGCGGUUCUGUUAGCGUUGGCUUGCUGGACGGUUCGGCUCAGCGUCAGCUUAUCACAGGACUGGACAAACCUUCUGCGGUGGCUGUGGAUCCUCUCCAAGGGCUGCUCUUCUGGGCUCAGUGUGGCAGCUCCCCAAAGAUUGAGAGAGCAAGUUUGGACGGUCGGGACAGGAUGGAUUUGGUCACUUCCUCAAUACGCCACCCUGCCGCUCUCUCUCUGGAUAUGCCUCGUCAGCUGCUGUACUGGGUUGACCAGGGAAUGAGAAGCAUCUCCAGAGUAAAUCUAGAGGGUCGUCAGCGUAAAACAGUGGUAGAGUCUAACGGAUAUUUGGACCGGCCCUUUGGACUGGCUGUGUUUGAGGGUUUUGUAUAUUGGAGUGAAGAAGUGACGCGCUCCAUCUGCCGAGCUAACAAACACAACGGCGGCGACCUCCAAGUUCUGCUGUCAAACAUCACCUCACCGGGUGGUGUGGUCAUCAUUCAGCCUGUUCUCCAACCAAACGGGUCUUCUGUAUGCGGACAUACCAGGACGGUGUGCAAGCACGAGUGCGUUGUCGACCUGCUGUCUGAGAAUCCAGAGUUCAGCUGCACUCAAAUUCCUGCCAUUUCCCGCACAGUACCUGCAUCAACUUUAUCUGAUCCUACAUUCGCUGGAAUCCUCUCUCUUAUCAUGUUCCUCAGUGUGCUGCUGGUGGGAAUGGCUCUGUGGUGGUGGAGAGAGGAGUUCAGGCCGUCCAGGUCUCUCACUGAGCAGAGCUUCUCCCUCAAAGAGUCCCAGGACCCACUCAUCAUCCAGGGGGCACACAUGGAUCCAAACACAUGUCUCGUCAAGGAAACUCUGCUUAAGCUGGACUUGGACGGUGAAUGAAGAAGGUGUGACACAGAUGGCGAGCUAACUGGGCUUCACCUGAUGCUGUUUCCACCCCUGCAGUGACCUCAGGGCUGACAGGAUGACAUGACAACACACCCAGCUCAUCACCCUGUCGUGUCCCAACUCCCUCUGCAGGUUAAAAUCACUCGAGAAAUGACCCGGUGGUAGAUAUCAGAGUUCAGAUGUGGGGAAAGGCGUUCAAACAGUUACUUCUGAUCUGAAGAAGUGUUACUUUCAGCCCUCGUGCCUCCAGAAUUUCUCUUUGUUGUUCAUUAUGAUGUUUUUUUUAUAUUCUGUUAUAUUCAAACAUUUUUUGUGCUUUGAAUAGCAGCACGGAUGAACUCGUAUAUUUUGCCGUAUUUUUCGAACCCUGUUAUGAACCUUUUUUCCUCAGCAGGUUACCAGUUACGUUACAACUGUAGGUCAGUGGAAAUGUGACCUGUACGAAACAAUUAGUUUAUCAAUCGCUUAGUCGAUCGGCAGAAAAUUAAUCAGCGACUAUUGAUAAUUGAUUUAUCAUUUAAGUUAAAAUGCCAAACAUCUGCUGGUUCCAGCCUCUGCUUUUCUUUUUCUUCUAUGACAGUAAACUAAAUAUAUUUGAGUUUCGGAUUGUUGAUCAGACAAAAGAAGCAACUGGGACACUUUUCAUUUUUCAGUAUUUUCUGAGAUUUUACAGACCAAACGAUUAAUCGAUUGAUUGAAGAUAAAUCUUAGGUGCACGGCUACUGUAGAUUUUUAUUUUAUUGUCUAGUUGCACUUUAUCUCUCAACGUUUCUUCUUACUGCAAUCCAAACCAUACUUUUGCAAUAUUAUAGAUGUUUUUUACUUUCCAACAUAAUGUAACUAAAAACUGGCGUUCCAGUGGUUUGUUCUUGGCCUUCAGGAGUUUCACACUCUUGGGUUUGUCAGUAAAAGAAAUGCACUAUUGCAUUGUGAAUGUAUGCUUUGUUCAAUGAACACUCUAAUCAGAUAGUUCAUUUGGAAAAUUAUGCUUAUUCACUUCCUUGCCAAGAGUUGGAUGAGAAGAUUGAUACCACUCUGUAAAUAUGUUCUCAUCGAACUCCCUGUGAUAAAGCAUAUAAGUGUAUUUCCCAAGAUGUUUAUAUAUUCUUUUAAAGCUUCCACAACUGGGGCAACAUUUUGACCCAAAAAUCAGAUUUUUCCUGAUGGGACCUACUUGUGACGUUAGAGGAAAAAUCAGUGGAUCACCAAAGUCAGUAGGAUUUAGUCCUCUGACAACCAUAAAUGUCUGUACAAAAUGUAAUGGUGAUCAAAGAAAUAGUUGUUGAGAAAUCCAGCUUAUUACACUGUUGUCAGGCUAUUAAAUAGGCGUUAGCAGUCGCUAUAAGCACCAUAGAUGUGGGUCAAUAAGGGCCUACUCCACCCACUAGUAGGUUUUAGCAUCCAUUCACAUGGUAGAUCAUCGACAGAAGGUAUAAAAGAACACAACAGCGACCUCUACCUUUAACUGUAGUAAUGAUGACAGAAGCGGAAGUCAGACGCUGUAGUAUAGACAGCAUGAAACUCUUUAAGAGGUGGAGGUCGGGGACGAUAGAUGGGACAUGAAACGCAUGGUUUUCACCCAGGAGACUGGAGUUCACAUUCUGUGUGAAAGCAACAACGUGUAUCUGUCUUUGUGUUCAUAGUCAUUUU